UGUUAUCCUGGAGUUAUUCUGAAAAGUAGGAAUAUUGUUAAAAAGUCCACGCGUGAAAGUUGAAGACAUGACAGAAGUAGAAAAACGUGUUCAUUUUCGCGUUGUGCGAUUUAUGACUGAAUCAGGAGUGAAGCUGCACAUCAAGAGCGUUCCCCUGGCAACUGCUUGUGUGUUGUAUCACAAGUUCUUCAAGGAGAACUCACUCAACGACUAUGAUCCUUAUCUGAUUGGCACCACCUGUAUUUACCUGGCCGGCAAAGUGGAGGAAGAACACCUGAAACUGAGGGAUGUCAUCAACUCAUGCUACAGGACCCUCCACAAAAGCAAGCCCCCCCUCGAGCUGGGGGACACCUUCUGGGCACUGCGGGAGUCGGUCGCCCAUUGUGAACUCUUCGUGCUUCGGACACUCAAGUUCAAGGUCGUCUUCUCUCACCCCCACAAGUACAUGCUGCACAACCUCAAGUAUCUGCAAGACUGGUUUGAUCCCUACAAGUGGGAGGCAAUGCCAGUAGCUAGAACAGCCUGGUCACUGCUUCGGGACUGUUACCAUGGCAACAUGUGUUUGAAAUACAAGCCACAACACAUGGCAGUGGCUGUUCUCUUUUUUGCGCUCCAAUGUCAUGGUGCCGAGGUGCCGUAUCACAAGUACGCCGACACGCCGUGGUGGCUGGUGUUUGCUGAAGACGUCACUCUGGACAUAAUCAAGACGAUCAUCACAGACAUCAUUGCCGUGUACGAACUGGAGAAUACUGUCUGAUCUUCAACACAUACAUUAUUGCUGUGUACGGCUGGAGAAUACUGUCUGAUCUACAGCACAGACAUUGCCGUAUAUGAACUGGAGAAUACUGUCUGAUCUACAACACAGACAUUGCCGUAUACGAACUGGAGAAUAAUGUCUGAUCUACAUCACAGACAUUAUUGCUGUGUACGAACUAGAGAAAACUGUCUGAUCUACAACACAGACAUUAUUGCUGUGUACAAACUGGAGAAUACUGUCUGAUCUACAACACAGACAUUAUUGCUGUGUACAAACCGGAGAAUACUGUCUGAUCUAUAACACAGACAUUAUUGCUGUGUACGAACCGGAGAAUACUGUCUGAUCUACAACACAGACAUUGCUGUGUACGAACUGGAGAAUACUGUCUGAUCUACAACACAGACAUUAUUGCCGUGUACGAACUGGAGAAUACUGUCUGAUCUACAUCACAGACAUUAUUGCUGUGUACGAACUGGAGAAUACUGUCUGAUCUACAACACAGACAUUAUUGCCGUGUACGAACUGGAGAAUACUGUCUGAUCUACAUCACAGACAUUAUUGCUGUGUACGAACUGGAGAAUACUGUCUGAUCUACAACACAGACAUUAUUGCUUUAUACCAACUGGAGAAUACUGUCUGAUCUACAACACAGACAUUAUUGCCGUGUACGAACUGGAGAAUACUGUCUGAUCUACAACACAGACAUUAUUGCUGUGUAAGAACUGGAGAAUACUGUCUGAUCUACAACACAGACAUUAUUGCUGUGUACGAACUGGAGAAUACUGUCUGAUCUACAACACAGACAUUUUUGCUGUGUACGAACUGGAGAAUACUGUCUGAUCUACAGCACAGACAUUAUUGCUGUGUACGAACUGGAGAAUACUGUCAGAUCUACAUAACAGAAAUUGCUGUGUACAAACUGGAGAAUACUGUCUGAUCUACAGCACAGACAUUGCUGUGUACAAACUGGAGAAUACUGUCUCAUCUACAACACAGACAUUAUUGCUGUGUACGAACUGGAGAAUACUGUCUGAUCUACAACACAGACAUUGCUGUAUACGAACUGGAGAAUACUGUCUGAUCUACAACACAGACAUUAAUGCUGUGUACAAUCUGGAGAAUACUGUCAGAUCUACAUAACAGACAUUGCUGUGUACGAACCGGAGAAUACUGUCUGAUCUACAACACAGACAUUAUUGCUGUAUACGAACUGGAGAAUACUGUCUGAUCUACAACACAGACAUUAUUGCUGUAUACGAACUGGAGAAUACUGUCUGAUCUACAACACAGACAUUGCUGUGUACAAACUGGAGAAUACUGUCUGAUCUACAUCACAGACAUUGCUGUGUACAAACUGGAGAAUACUGUCUGAUCUACAACACAGACAUUAUUGCUGUAUACGAACUGGAGAAUACUGUCUGAUCUACAACACAGACAUUAUUGCUGUGUACAAACUGGAGAAUACUGUCUGAUCUACAUCACAGACAUUAUUGCCAUGUACAAACUGGAGAAUACUGUCUGAUCUACAACACAGACAUUGCUGUGUACAAACUGGAGAAUACUGUCUGAUCUACAGCACAGACAUUAUUGCCGUAUACAAACUGGAGA